AUGGCCAUUGACAGCAUCCUCGCCCGUCUGCUCGCCAACAACGCCCAGUGGGCGGAGGACGUCGAGAAAACAGAACCCGGAUUCUUCACCGAGUGUGCCAAGGGCCAAUCUCCGAAGGUCCUCUGGAUCGGCUGUGCCGACUCUCGCGUCCCCGAGUCUGUUUUGUCGGUAUCCAAGCCCGGGGACAUCUUUGUGCACCGCAAUAUAGCAAACCAAGUCAAUCUCACCGAUGACAACAUCCUCUCUGUACUCACCUACGCUAUCGACCAUUUGGGCGUCUCCCAUGUCAUUGUCGUGGGUCACACUCAAUGCGGAGGCGCCGCCGCUUGCCAUGCCGCCGCCCACGCGGCUACCUCCGUCGGCCCCCCGAGCACGCCCCUUGAGCGCUGGCUUGCGCCUCUCACUGCGAUCGCAAAGGACACCGGCUGCGACGUGUCUCAGCUUGUCGUGGAGAAUGUCCGUGCGCAGGUGCAAAACGUCGUCAAGUCGGAAACAGUUCGCGGCGCAUGGGCCCGGGGGAAGGAUUUGCAGGUGCACGGAUGGGUGUACGAGAUCGAGCAGGGGCAGCUCCGGGAUUUGGGUAUCAGUGUGGGGAAGAACAAUGCAUGA